GCCCCGUGUGCCCGUCAGCACUAAGGCGCGGAGGCAGGCGGUUCCUGGCUGCUGUCGCUAACACUGUCGCCGCUGGGCUAUCGGGGAAGCACAGAGCCGAGCAUUGGGUAAGAUGCCUCACGAGGCGGACUUGGGUGCCACAGCAGCGGAUCCUGAAGCUAGCCCAGAGUGCCUGGGGUACACCCCUCUGCCCAGUGAAGCAGCUGUGGAAGACACACAGGUGACCUACCCUGCCAGUGCUGUGAAGGAUGUGCUCUGUGGAUCUGGAAAGGCUAAAACCCCAACAACUCAAGAAGAGGAAGCUGAAGACCUUAAAGUAGACAUGAAUAAAGCACAAGAUGCUCUCCGGCUGUGGACCGUCCAUCGAGAUGGAGAAGUCCUUUUGAGGUUAACAAAGCAUGGGCCAGGCCACGAGGCCCCGAUAACCAUUCCAGACUUUUUCCGUGAGUCUGUCAGUCGCUUCGGGACUUAUCCAGCCCUCGCAACAAGGAACAAUGACAAAUGGGAGUUUCUGAAUUACAACCAGUAUUACCAGGCUUGCCGGAAAGCUGCAAAAGCCUUUCUCAAGCUGGGCUUGGAGCGUUUCAACGCAGUUGGCAUCCUGGGUUUUAACUCAGCCGAGUGGUUUAUUGCUGCUAUUGGCGCCAUCUUAGCAGGGGGCCUCUGUGUUGGCAUUUACGCCACCAACUCUCCCGAGGCCUGUCAAUAUGUUAUCGAUCACGCCAAGGUGAACGUCUUACUGGUUGAAAAUGACCAACAGUUACAGAAAAUCCUUUCGAUUCCACGGACCAAGUUGGAGAGCUUAAAAGCGAUCAUCCAGUACAAGCAGCCAAUGAAGGAAACAGGCGACAACCUGUACUUCUGGAAUGAUUUCAUGGAACUUGGCAACAGCAUCCCUGAUGCCCAGCUGGACCAGAUCAUCAAAAGCCAGAAGGCCAAUCAGUGCGCUGUGGUUAUCUACACUUCGGGGACCACAGGCAACCCCAAGGGCGUGAUGCUGAGCCACGACAAUGGCAGCUUGGUGAAUACUCUGCAUCAAGUGAGACCUACCUCCUUCCUGGGGGUACCCCGAGUUUGGGAGAAGAUGCAGGAGAAGAUAAAGGAAAAUACCACCAAGGCCGCAGCCUUAAAGAGGAAAGUGUUCUCAUGGGCAAGAAACACUGGCUUGCGGGUCAACAACAAAAGGAUGCUGGGGGGACACGACACACCCAUGGGCUACCGCAUGGCGAAGACCCUCGUGUUCAGCAAAGUCCGGACCGCCCUGGGCCUCGACCACUGCCACUAUUUCAUAAGCGGGGCUGCGCCUCUCACCCAAGAGACGGCCGAGUUCUUCCUCAGCUUGGACAUCCCGAUCGGCGAGAUGUACGGCAUGAGCGAGAGCUCGGGGCCGCAUACGGUGGCUAUCUGCGAAAACUACAGGAUUCACAGGUAUUGGCCUCCCACCCAGGCAGACCCCCAUCCUCCAGCAACGAGGGUCGAAAGGGUGAAGACGGGAGGGGGGGUGUCUUAGUUCUCUAGCGCUGCU